UGGGUAGGGAGAGGGUCCGUUAAGGAAUGGGUUACUGUGGACAGCAGGUGAGCCUCCAGGAGGGGUAGUGUGAAGAACGAUUGGACCUCUGGCGUUAUGGGGGGUGGGGUAAUGAAGAGCUAGUUGAAAGAUGCUACCAAAUGUAUUCCGGAGGCUGAAGCAGAAGGAUCCUGAGUUUAAGGCCAAGUCGGGCUACAUAGAUUCAGCAGCCCCCCCCCCCCCCCCAAAUGUUACCAAGUGUGAUGACUCAAGUGAAGGUUUGAAGUACUGUUUAAAGCUGGGGAGUCACUGAGUGGGAGGAUUGACUGGAUUAAGCGUUAGUUGACCAGUGAUUGGGAAGUGAUUAAGGGAGACAGUUAAGUGUCUUAGCAAAUUGGUGAAAAAAGACAGGAUGAGUGAGUUGAUACUGAGAAUACGCGGCAGAGUGGUUGAUUGGUGUCAGAAUAAGGAAUAUGUAGGAUAUUAGAUUAAUAUUAAAUUUGCUUUAGGAAGUUGGAAGCAGGUGCGGUAGCUCCACAUCUGUAAUCCCAACACUGGGGAGACUGAGGCAUGAGAAUUGCCAUGAACUUGAAGCCAUCUUGGGCUCAAAACUAUGAAGAAAAAAAAAAAGAGGAAUCAAUCACAGCCUUCCUUGAAGAACUGCCCUUCUUGUUUGCGACCUGGAGUUAACAUUGUUUCCUGCUGGCAGAAUCAGGGACAUGCCAGCACUAGCGGGAUGAGUGGGUGUUCCGGUGGGGAUGUGGUCAUUGACGGCCAAUGAGGACGAGAGCACCACGGCCCACUUUUUCCUUGGAGCUGGAGAUGAGGGGCUGGGCACCUGUGGAAUAGGCAUGAGGACGGAAGAGAGUGACAGCGAGCUCCUUGAGGACGAGGAGGAUGAAAUGCCUCCUGAGCCUCAAAUCAUUGUUGGCAUCUGUGCAAUGACCAAGAAAUCUAAGUCCAAGCCAAUGACCCAGAUCCUAGAGCGACUCUGCAGAUUUGACUACCUGACUGUUAUUAUCCUGGGAGAAGAUGUGAUCCUCAAUGAACCUGUGGAAAACUGGCCAUCCUGUCACUGCCUCAUUUCUUUCCACUCCAAAGGCUUUCCUCUGGACAAAGCUGUUGCUUACUCCAAGCUUCGGAACCCUUUUCUUAUCAAUGAUUUGGCUAUGCAGUAUUACAUCCAAGAUAGGAGGGAGGUAUACCGGAUCCUGCAGGAAGAGGGUAUUGAUCUGCCGAGGUAUGCUGUGCUCAACCGUGACCCUGCCUGUCCUGAGGAGUGCAACCUGAUAGAAGGUGAAGACCAGGUGGAGGUCAAUGGAGCUGUUUUUCCCAAGCCCUUUGUGGAGAAGCCAGUGAGUGCAGAGGACCACAAUGUUUAUAUCUACUACCCCAGCUCGGCUGGAGGAGGAAGUCAGCGCCUCUUCCGUAAGAUUGGCAGCCGAAGCAGCGUUUAUUCUCCUGAGAGCAGUGUCCGGAAGACAGGGUCAUACAUCUAUGAGGAGUUUAUGCCAACAGAUGGCACAGAUGUUAAGGUGUAUACAGUGGGGCCAGAUUAUGCCCAUGCUGAAGCUAGAAAGUCUCCAGCUUUGGAUGGGAAGGUUGAACGAGACAGUGAGGGGAAGGAGGUUCGAUACCCAGUCAUGCUGACCGCCAUGGAAAAGCUGGUAGCCAGGAAGGUCUGCGUAGCUUUUAAGCAAACAGUUUGUGGAUUUGACCUUCUUCGUGCCAAUGGUCACUCCUUUGUGUGUGAUGUUAAUGGCUUUAGUUUUGUCAAGAACUCAAUGAAAUACUAUGAUGAUUGUGCCAAGAUUCUAGGGAACACUAUUAUGCGGGAGCUUGCUCCACAGUUCCAGAUACCAUGGUCCAUCCCCACAGAGGCUGAGGACAUUCCCAUUGUCCCUACCACAUCUGGCACUAUGAUGGAACUUCGUUGUGUCAUUGCAAUUAUCCGUCAUGGGGAUCGAACUCCCAAGCAGAAGAUGAAGAUGGAGGUGACACACCCAAGGUUUUUUGCUCUAUUUGAAAAACAUGGUGGAUACAAGACAGGGAAAUUAAAACUCAAGCGACCUGAGCAGCUCCAGGAGGUGUUGGAUAUCACAAGGCUGCUGUUGGCUGAACUGGAGAAAGAGCCAGGUGGUGAGAUUGAGGAGAAGACUGGGAAGCUAGAGCAACUGAAGUCUGUGUUGGAGAUGUAUGGCCACUUCUCGGGUAUCAAUCGGAAGGUACAGUUGACUUACUACCCUCAUGGAGUGAAAGCUUCAAAUGAGGGCCAAGAUCCACAGAGGGAGGCUCUGACACCAUCCCUUUUGCUGGUGCUGAAGUGGGGUGGAGAGCUGACUCCUGAUGGCCGUGUUCAGGCUGAGGAGCUGGGGCGAGCUUUUCGCUGUAUGUACCCUGGAGGCCAGGGUGACUAUGCUGGCUUCCCUGGCUGUGGGUUGCUUCGUCUCCAUAGUACUUUCCGUCAUGAUCUCAAGAUCUAUGCAUCUGAUGAGGGCCGUGUCCAGAUGACUGCUGCUGCCUUUGCAAAGGGACUCCUGGCUCUAGAAGGGGAGCUAACACCCAUUUUGGUACAAAUGGUGAAGAGUGCCAACAUGAAUGGACUCCUGGACAGUGACAGUGACUCCUUGAGCAGCUGCCAGCACCGGGUGAAGGCUCGGCUACACCACAUUUUGCAGCAGGAUGCACCGUUUGGCCCUGAGGACUAUGAUCAGUUGGCUCCCACUGGAAGCACUUCCCUGCUUAACUCCAUGACUAUAAUCCAGAAUCCUGUGAAAGUCUGUGAUCAGGUAUUUGCCCUGAUUGAAAACCUCACUCACCAGAUCCAGGAACGGAUGCAGGACCCCAGCUCUGUAGACCUACAACUAUACCACAGUGAGACGCUGGAGCUAAUGCUACAGCGUUGGAGCAAGCUAGAGCGUGAUUUUCGACAGAAGAGUGGGCGCUAUGAUAUCAGUAAAAUCCCUGAUAUCUAUGACUGUGUCAAGUAUGAUGUUCAACACAAUGGGAGUCUGGGACUUCAAGGCACAGCAGAGUUGCUACGUCUGUCUAAAGCACUGGCUGAUGUUGUCAUUCCCCAGGAGUAUGGGAUCAGUCGAGAGGAGAAAAUGGAAAUUGCAGUAGGCUUCUGUCUUCCACUGUUGCGGAAAAUACUGCUUGACCUGCAGAGAACCCACGAGGAUGAGUCUGUCAACAAGCUGCAUCCCCUGUACUCCCGUGGAGUGCUCUCUCCAGGCCGUCAUGUUCGAACACGUCUCUAUUUCACCAGUGAGAGUCACGUUCACUCCCUACUCAGUGUAUUCCGUUUUGGGGGACUUCUUGAUGAGACCCAGGACACACAGUGGCAGCGAGCUUUGGCUUAUCUUAGUGCCAUCUCAGAGCUCAACUACAUGACCCAGAUUGUUAUCAUGCUUUAUGAGGACAACACACGGGACCCAUUGUCAGAGGAGCGGUUCCAUGUGGAACUACAUUUCAGCCCUGGAGUGAAAGGUGUCGAAGAAGAAGGCAGUGCCCCAGCUGGCUGUGGAUUCCGUCCAGCCUCUUCUGAGAAUGAGGAAUUAAAAACAGAUCAAGGCAGCAUAGAGAACCUGUGCCCACGAAAGGCAUCAGAUGAGCCAGACCGGGCAUUGCAGACCUCACCCCAACCUGCUGAGGGCCCUGGCCUCCCAAGGAGAUCACCCCUCGUUCGUAAUCGAAAAGCUGGCUCUAUGGAGGUCAUGAACAUGCAGUGCACGGGGAACCUGGACCUGAUCCCCUUGAGGGGACGGCGCCGUCGGAGGUCAGGAGACCUCCCCCGGCCUUCCCCAGCCAUCGGCCUACAGCCCCGGGCUGUGUCCACCACUCACCUGGCGUCCUGCACUCAGGUGCUGUCUGAGACUUCAUCUUCAAGGCCUGGUGGUUACCGACUGUUUUCAUCUUCACGGCCACCAACAGAGAUGAAACAGAGUGGCCUAGGCUCACAGUGCACAGGACUGUUCAGCACCACGGUGCUGGGUGGUUCUUCCAGUGCUCCGAAUCUUCAGGACUACGCCCGCAGCCAUGGCAAAAAGCUCCCACCUGCCAAUCUGAAGCACCGAGAUGAGCUCUUGUUUGUCCCGGCCGUAAAACGAUUUUCUGUGUCGUUUGCAAAGCAUCCGACUAACGAGCUGCUGGAUGACCAGCACCCUGUGGUCCGGUUGCUGCGCAGUUUUUCCUCUGACUGCCCAAGGGGCCGGCCAGUUUCCUUGGAUGCCACGCUGGCGCACCACCUGCACCAGUGCUCCUACCACCUGCGCCUCUUCCGGAACUGGCUGCGCUCAGGCCAGGAUGACCCCGAGUGCCUCUACGGAUUUGAAGGGUGCUCCAUGGUGCCUACCAUUUACCCCCUGGAAACGCUGCAUAAUGCCCUUUCCUUGCGUCAAGUGAGUGAAUUCUUGACUAAAGUCUGUCAACGCCACACUGAUGCCCAUACACAGGCAUCUGCAGCCCUCUUUGACUCUAUGCACAGCAACCAGGCCUCAGAUAACCCAUUUUCCCGACCCCGUACUCUUCAUUCGCCACCCCUACAACUUCGGCAGCGCUCUGAGAAGCCCCCUUGGUAUAGCAGUGGCCCGUCAAGCACUGUGUCCAGUGCUGGUCCUUCCUCCCCUACUGCAGUAGAUAGCAACUCCCAUUUUGGCUUCAGUGAUCAAUCCUCUGUAAAUAUACAUGUAACUGAAGAAAAUCAAGACCUUGGGUUGCUCCAGGAGACUCCUGGAAAUGGAACACAAGAGUUCCUCUUAGAAGGACAGCAAAAGCUUUUUGAAGCAAACCAGUCCCCUCAACAGGUACCUGUGGAAACCAGUGAGCUAGGAGGUCAGGAUACUGCUGAGGAGGUCAGCCAGACAUGCCAGGAGGUCCCAGACAUCAGUCAGCCAUGUCAUGACAUCUUUAAGGAAGUCAGCCAGCCUACCCAGGAGGUCCCAGACAUCAGUCAGCCAUUGCUGCAGAACCAUGACACUGUUACCAGCACUUGUCAUUCAUGCCAGAAGACGAGCCAGCUGUCUCAGAAAGUUUGUGAGGAAGUUUGCCAGCUUUGUCAGGAGAACUCCAAAGAGAUCAACCAGCCAUGCCAGAGGUUCCCUGUGGAACAGGGCAGACUAGUCCAUGAAUUCCCUGUAAGGGUUGAGGGCAUGGCCCAGGAAACCCUUACAGAGGUUGGCAGUCCAACCCAAAAGAUCCCUGAAGAGGUCAGCCAGCCAUGCCAGGAGUUCUCUGUUGGCAGUCUGGCUAAGGAGGCUUCUGCCAUCAGUGUGUUAUCUCAAGACAUUCCUGAGGCUGAUAAAUCAUCCCAAGAGUGCACUGGGGAGAUUGAUCUGCAGGCUCAGGAGGUCUCUGAGAACUCUUGGGUGGUCCCUGAUGUGGUUGAUAAGACACCCAGUGAGGAUGUCCCCCAAGUCCAGUAUUUAUCUAGUGAUCUAAACCCUCAAAGCCAGUCUCUAGCCCAUGACCAGCACUCACCCCUUCCACCAGCAACGUGUAAUUAAUCUUUCUCAUUGGUGUCACACUCCCCAGCUGUUUGAACUUGCAGCCUUUUCUGUUGGCUAAUAUACUGGCCAGCUAAGGCCUUGGCUCAUGCCACGGGUGUCUGAGGAAGCAGUCCUCCUGGUUUGAAGCAUACCUGUGCCAGAGCUAUGCCUAGGGGGGCAUCCAGUUUAUAUUCAAAGCAGCUAUUGGUUCUUCACUUAGCCGUUAGGCUUGAAUGGUUUCCUUGGGUUGGGAAAUCCUAGAUUGUUCACUUUACUGCUGAAGGUACCAUUGAAGGGAUAGCAAAUAUAAAAUGGAAAGUGGCAGGGUCUUUUACUUUUUGAAGGAAAUAUUCGCAAUUUCUUAAGGUACCCUUAGACCAUAUGUGCAUUCAGGAGAACGCGUACCUUUACUAGCACAGGUGCACCUGGGAUGGCCAUCUGAAAUGCCUUGAAAUUAGAGCUCCCUUCCCAAACAAACAUCUGUUGUGGCAACUCAUCUUAGACUAGGCUUAUGUAUGUUUCCAUGUCGUCUCUCCUUGUUCCCUCUGCCCUAGUCCUGUACCUCUGGGAAGUGGCUCUAAGAAAGAGUAGGUAUUGGAUUGUCAUGCAACUUCAGAGUAACUACUUGAAAUGCUCUUGGAGACUAUUGGCCAGUCUGUGAAGUGGGCGCCCCUUUUGUGGGGCUGUUUGACUUAGGAAGUACUGUAGUAGAGAGAAUCAAGUUCUAUUUUAAGCAAUUAGCAGAGAUCAAUGUUGUACAGAUAUGAGCAAAGAUUUAAUAUAUAUAUAUAUACAUAAAUAUAUAAACAUAUAUUUCUGUAGUUUUCCAGGGACAGACUGGCCAAAGACCAAACACUCCAGGGUCCCCAAGAGGUUUGUCCUUAUAUCGUGUGUCCUUAGGAUCAUAUGUGAUUAUGAAGCUUUUCCCAAAGAUCUGGGGAUAGGAGUGGGAAAUGCAGUCAGUCAUUGGAGUCAGGGCUGGAACAUUAUGAGUGCUCAAUAAAUAGAAAAUAAUGAGAAUGUUAUGGAAUUGUGAUGUCUUUGUGAACUCAAAAAUGAAUAUAUGAGCUGGGGUGUGGUGGUACAUGCCUUUUACUCCAGCACUUGUAAGACAGGGGCAGAAGGAUCUCUGUGAGCCCUGUCUCAAAAAAAAAAAAAUUAAAAAGCCAAUUGUGUCUGUGAUUGAAUCAGUCAAAAUCUUUUAUAGUUGAGCAGGAAUGGGCUUUAAAAAUAUAGAACGUUGCCGGGUAAGGUGGUGCUUUUAA